AUGGCAGGCACUGGGGUCUACUUGUUGAUUGGCGUCGUAGACUUUGCGGUCGCUUUCGGACUAAUCAACUUCAUCGGCGCUGCACACGUAGCACGCAUAACGGGAUCGGCCAAAGCUUAUGUCGCCGACCACCUUCCAAAUGUGUCGCUUCCCUGGUCUAAGGUUGAAAGCCCAGACGACGUCGGGAGAGAUCGAUUAGGUGGAGGCGAUGGAAGCCUCUAUGCCAUGAUAGUGUUGGCAUGGACUGUCCACAAGACCCUCUUCUUGCCGGUUCGAGUCGGAUUGACGGCAGCAUUUACGCCCAGGCUGGCUAAAUGGCUGAAGCAGAGGGGGUGGACAGGCACUGAUGGUGCUAGGCGUGCUGCGAGCCACUAUAAGCAGAAGAUUAAGGAUUAUAGGGACAGAGAGCGAGGAGACUAA